AUGUCUGAUGAGACGAAUGCGAUGACUUCAAAUGAAGAUACUACAACUAAAAAAUCGAAAGAUCAGAAAUCUGCCCGAGAUGUUUGCGAAGAGCUCGGCAUUGAAUACGAAUCGAUCAAAUAUACCGAUAAUGACUAUGUUAACUUAUCAACUUUCAAACUAUAUUCUCAAAACAUACGUCCAAUCCUCAAUAGCCGCUAUCCGAGAUUAGCCACGCAAAAAAUGAUGACGUUGAUGGCUGCCUAUUGGCGUGAAUUUCUAGAAAAGAAGAGUUCACAAACCAUAUCGAAUAACACAUUGACUGACUCGCAUAACGACUUUGAAGGAAAUGAUCAUAUGGAAACUGAUGAAUCACGUUCGAUGGCAACAUCUACACCAUCGUCAAGUCGUUCUCGUCGUCGUCGAGCAGUUAUACAAGACGAAGUUGAUCCCGAUGAUAACAAUGAUCAACAAGAUGACGACGAUAAUAGUCCAGCAGUGGCCAGUUCAUCAUCGCGCAAAAAUGCAAAUACAAAUAAAAAAGUACUUCCAGUCAAAAUCAAAUUGCACAAAGACCAAGUAGCGACAUUGGCAGCCAAAGAACAGAUGAAUUCAUCGUUGAAUAACGAUGAAGACGAAAUCAAACCAGUAAAAAAAUCCAGUCGAGCACGAAAACGUAAACGACGUGAUGAUGACGAUCCAUCGAAUGAGUCGGAUGCUGAAUUCGAAGCCAUGCUUGUUCAAAGCGAAAUGAAUGAAGAAGAGGAAGUACCGAAAAAGAAACGUGUCAAAAAACCACCUAAACCACCAAAACGCAUCGCCCGAUUAAAUAAUCGUCGACAGCAAACAACUGCAGAAGAAAUGACAAAUGUUCCACUUGAACAAGCUGGUUAUGAAACUGACCAUCAGGAUUAUUGUGAAGUUUGUCAGCAAGGUGGAGAAAUUAUUCUUUGUGAUACUUGUCCGAAAGCUUAUCAUCUUGUUUGUCUUGAUCCUGAGCUUGAGCAAGCACCCGAAGGAGAUUGGUCAUGUCCAGAAUGUACGAAAAACGGCAUUACGAUCCAAUCGAGACAAGCAGCAGCUUCUGCGGCUGCUCGGCAAGCGAAAGAAGAAGAGGACAAUCAUAUGGAAUACUGUCGAGUUUGUCGUGACGGUGGGGAAUUAUUAUGUUGUGAUCGAUGUCCAUCUUCAUAUCAUAUGCAUUGUCUCAUACCGCCAAUGACAGUUAUUCCUGAAGAUGAUUGGUUCUGUCCACGAUGCACUAUUGAACCACCACCGAAUGUGGUGAAAAAGAUUAUUACGUGGCGUUGGGUAACUCAUCCAGAUUCUCAUUCGUCCGUAACAACAAAUACGACAACAUCCGAAACUAUCAAAGCCGAUGAGAAUGGUGAAUCAGCUACAACUACGACAACAAUCAUCGAAAAGCGAACUAUAACAACAACAACUGCUAUCGAUGCAGUUCCGCCAGCUGAAGGAGCAGAAACCGGCGCUGAUGUUACACAACGUCUUGUUCCACUAAUAGAUCCCAAUCUACCACCAGGUACUACACGUGGUCCAUUCAAAACAAGAGAAUUAUUUGUUAAAUACGACGGUUUGUCGUACUGGGCUUGCGAGUGGUUGCCUGAAUUACAGGUGGAAGUUCAUCAGUCAGCUUUAUGGCGAAGCUAUAUUAAAAAGAUAGGUGAUGCUAAGCAACCACAGCCGACCAUUGAUAUGGAUGGUGAAGGUGAAGGUGAAGACGUUGACGAUGAAGUAUCACGACGUUAUUACAAUCCAAAGCUUGAACAAAGAUACUAUAAAAACGGUAUUCGACCAGAAUGGCUCUGUGUACAUCGUAUAUUAAAUCAUCAGAAAGAAAAAGGAACGCCGAUGUACUAUCUGGUCAAAUGGAGAGAAUUAGGCUAUGAACAAGCGACAUGGGAAGUGGAGAAAGACGGUGACUACACAGAUUUGAUUGACAAUUGGCAACAACAUAUUGAUAACUAUUGGAAAUUAAGAAAUGGUGCUGAUGCUGAUGAAAAGAAGAAGAAAAAAGCGAGCUCAUCGAAAGUGACUCGCCGUUCGAAUCGAGAACUUGAAGAAACUCGAUCAACUGACUGGAAUGGCGAUUCAGGCGAUGAAUCUGAACGUUCAGGAAAAUAUCCACCGCCACGCAAACGUUAUGAAAAGCAACCUGAUUUCAUUGAUGCAACUGGUGGUACACUUCAUCCAUAUCAAUUAGAAGGCUUAAAUUGGCUGCGAUUUUCUUUUUCACAAAAAACCGAUGUUAUUCUUGCUGAUGAAAUGGGUCUAGGAAAAACCAUUCAAACGAUUGUCUUCUUACAAGCACUACUCAAAGAAGGACUCUCACGAGGACCUUUUCUUAUCAGUGCACCACUAGCAACAAUUAUCAAUUGGGAACGAGAAUUCGAAUUCUGGGCGCCAGAUAUGUACGUUGUUACAUACACUGGGGAUAAAGAGGCAAGAUCCAUUAUUCGUAAACAUGAGUUCUCCUUCGAAGAUGAUGCUAUCCGUGCUGGCCCACGUGCAAGCCGUGUACGCAGUGGUGCCAAAGUGAAAUUUCAUGCAUUACUCACUUCUUACGAAUUAGUUAGCGUUGAUUCAGCAACACUUUCAUCGGUCGACUGGGCUGUCUUAGUUAUUGACGAAGCACAUCGAUUAAAAAAUAAUCAAUCGAAAUUCUUUCGAACACUAUUUGAAUUCAGCAUCGGAUAUAAGGUUCUUCUGACUGGUACACCGUUGCAAAAUAAUCUCGAAGAACUUUAUCAUCUGCUUAACUUUUUAAAACCUGAUAAAUUCAGUGAUAUGGACGGUUUCCUUCGAGAAUUCAGUGACUUAGCAAAAGAUGAACAAGUGGCAAAAUUACACGACAUACUCGGCUCACACAUGCUGCGUCGUUUGAAAGCAGAUGUAUUGAAAAACAUGCCGUCGAAAUCGGAAUUCAUCGUUCGAGUCGAACUAAGUCCUGUACAAAAGAAAUAUUACCGAGCGAUAUUAACAAAAAAUUUCGAUGCUCUAAAUGUCAAAGGUGGUGGUGCACAAGUUUCCCUAUUAAACAUUGUCAUGGAAUUGAAGAAGUGUUCAAAUCAUCCGUAUUUAUUACCAGCUGGACAUUUCGAAGCGCCACGUACUCCUAAUUUAGCUUAUGAAGGCACAGCAUUGAUCAAAGCUAGUGGAAAAUUGGAUCUAUUAGCCAAAAUGCUAAAGAAAUUAAAAGAACAAGGACACCGUGUAUUGAUCUUUUCGCAAAUGACUCGAAUGCUGGAUAUUCUCGAAGAUUUCCUCGAAUAUCUAGGUUAUAAAUACGAACGCAUGGACGGCAAGACAGCUGGUUCUGAAAGACAAGAUGCUAUUGAUCGUUUUAAUGCACCUGGUGCUGAACAAUUUUGUUUUCUACUUUCCACACGCUCUGGUGGUUUGGGUAUAAAUUUAGCUACAGCUGAUACAGUUAUUAUCUACGAUAGCGAUUGGAAUCCACACAAUGAUAUUCAAAACAAAGUAAUGAUCUAUCGUUUUGUUACUCGUGAUUCUGUCGAAGAACGUAUUACUCAAGUUGCGAAAAAGAAAAUGAUGUUAACACAUUUAGUCGUUCGACCUGGCGUUGGUCGCGGAACGAAUAUGAGUAAAAAAGAAUUAGAUGACAUCUUACGUUUCGGCACCGAAGACUUAUUUAAAGACGAUGAAGAAGUUGUGGGCAACGGUGAGGGUGGUGAAGGUGGUGGUGCUAAAAUUCAUUACGACGAUGCAGCUAUCGAAAAAUUACUUGAUCGUUCACAAGAAGGCAUUCAAGAGAAAGAAGAUGGAUUAAAUGAAUAUCUUUCAAGUUUCAAAGUUGCAUCAUAUGGUACACGAGAAACAAAUGAAGACGAUGAAGAAGAAGACCUACGAGAGCCACCUAAUCCAACAAUCGAUGAAAAUCUCGAUCCAUUCUAUUGGGAGAAACUUCUACGUGUUCAAUACGAACAGGACCGAGAAUUAGAAAGCCAUGCUUAUGGAAAAGGCAAACGAAUACGACGUCAACUCAACUAUGCUGUACCAACUAAUGAGGAUAACUGGAAUGAACAUAAUUCAGAUAUUGCCAGCGAAUACGACGCAAAAUCAGCCGUUGGCGAAGACGAAGAUGUCGAUUUCGACGAGACACCUGAUCGUCGACGUAAAACUGGACGUGACCGUCCGUUACCACCAUUGAUAUCAAAAUCAGGUUCAAAUAUCGAAAUCUUAGGUUUCAAUCCACGACAACGUAAAGCAUUUCUGAAUGCUAUCAUGCGUUUCGGUAUACCACCACCGGAUGCGUUUAAAUCUCAAUGGUUAGUUCGAGAUUUGCGCUGCAAAUCCGAAAAAGAAUUUCGUGCUUAUGUUUCCUUAUUCAUGAAACAUCUAUGCGAAAAUGUCGCGGAUAAUAGUGAAACCUUUUCCGAUGGCGUGCCGCGAGAAGGUCUAUCUCGACACCACGUUCUAUCACGUAUUGGCAUAAUGUCAUUGAUUCGAAAGAAAGUUCUGGAAUUCGAGACUAUCAACGGCGUAUGGUCAAUACCUGGACAGAUGCCACAGAACAACGCGAUGGAUAACACCGAUGACACAAAUCAGAACAAACAACAAUCAACAACAGCAAAAACAACAAGUGAUACUAGUAUGGCAUCCAAUGAUUCAGCGACAAACAUCCAAGGAACGGACUCAAACGAACAAACAGCAAGUGGAACGCCGUUGAAUGAAGCUAUGGCUGGUGGAUCAAGUAGUAAUUUAAUUGGUGAAUCGAUGAGUUUAAGUGAUUUAAUUAAUAAUAAAAAUGAGAUAAGUGAUGAUGUUGAAAUGAAAGAUAAUGAAGAAAGCAAAGCAACUAAUGAAAAAGUAACAAAUGAUGAAAAACCGGAAAUAACUAAUGCUUCAACGAAUGAAUCGAGUAAACCCUCCAGUAGUAAUCGUAAAUCUCAACAUGUUCGCAGUGAAAAAUUGAAAGAUUACACCUUUAUGUUCAAUAUUGCUGAUGGUGGUUUCACUGAACUUCAUUCCCUAUGGUUAAACGAACAACGUGCAUUAAAACCAAAUCAAGAAAAUGAUAUUUGGCAUCGUCGUCAUGAUUACUGGUUAUUAGCAGGUGUUGUUGCACACGGUUAUUCACGUUGGCAAGAUAUACAGAUCGAUCCGAAAUUCACAAUCAUCAAUGAACCAUUCAAAACCGAGAUGGCCAAAGGAAACUUUUUAGAAAUGAAAAACAAAUUUUUAGCACGUCGUUUUAAACUCUUAGAACAAGCACUCGUUAUCGAAGAACAAUUACGUCGAGCAGCAUUCUUAGGUCUAGCUAUGGAACAAACGAAUCCGGCAUUGACAUUAUCUCAACGCUUCAGCGAAGUCGAAUGCUUAGCUGAAUGUCAUCAACAUUUAUCCAAAGAAUCAUUAGCUGGAAACAAACCGGCUAAUGCGGUUUUAAACAAAGUAUUAACGCAAUUGGAAGAAUUGUUAAGUGAUAUGAAACAAGAAAUCAAUAAAUUGCCAGCAACAUUAGCACGAUUACCACCCGUGUCUCAGCGAUUGAAUCUGUCCGAAAGAAACAUUCUCUCUCGCUUACCGAACGGUCAGACCCAACAACCAACAACGAAUGGAAAUGAAUAUUCUUAUGCAAAUUAUCCGAACUACAUCGGGCCAUUUGCUUUACCCGCUGGUGGAAAUAACAGCCAUAGUAAAUCAGCUUCUUCAUCAUCCACAGCAUCCUCAUCUAUUGAUUUAUCAACAAAUCGAAUGAAGUCUUCAACGCCGAAUACCCAAUCUUGA